AUGAAAAAAAUCUUAUCUGGUGAAUAUAUCGUUGGAUACCAAAUAGUACCACGAAAGGUUUGUGUAAUAAUACUUCACAUUUCUAGUGCAAUAGUUGCAAUUCUUAACUCGAAUUAAGGGCUUAACUCGAAUUAAGGGCUUAACUCGAAUUAAGGGCUUAACUCGAAUUAAUGGGCUUAGCUCGAAUUAAGGGCUUAACUCGAGGGGCUUAACUCGACGAUUUGCUACCCCUACUUCCCUACUUAUACAGUAUACAGUAUACAGUAUGUCUAUAACUCAAUAGUGUACUAAUCAGUGUGGUGCAACAAUCUGUUACAGUAAGUCGGUAAUUUAAAGUAGGCCAAAGUAAACAGAAAUUGUCCCUGCCAUAGUGCAUAAUUACAUAGGUGUAAAGGCACUUUGCAACAAGAUACAAUAAUUAUAAAUGCAGAUUCUGUAGUUUUGCCGCACCAGUUAUGAUAUAUAUUGUAAAUUAGGCAAAAUAAAAAUUAAAUUUACUGAUUUCCCAAUUUUAGUAUGUAAAGAUGGUACUUAGUGAUUUUGGAGAGGUGGUGAAAACGGAGUUUGUGGUGGAUGGACGAAAACAGCCCUCGCUUGAAACAAGAGAAAUAAUGUUGUCAAAUCAAGAAAAAUAUAUGAGGCAGAGGACUGAUGCUGAGCAUGAAAAGACGAAAAAUGAUAGUCUGACAACCUUGUUGACAACUGUUGAUGAAUAUGUAGCAGGAGAAAAUGAGGACAAAAUGCGAGGUAGGCAGAAAGGUUUGCCGUGUACUGGAGCUGGUACAAUCUUAAGACUGCAUGAAGGUGUACUAAUUCAAACAAACCAGUAUUUGGAAAGAAAUUCGACACAAAAGUUAAAUUAAUUAAUGGACCUUUAUUACCGUUGUAUAUAGAAAGAACAAGGCACCUAAAGAUGUGGCAUGACCUUUCAACAAUUGCUAAUCAUGGUCACUUGGUUUUUAUGGUGUCAUGUCUUUAUGAUCCUGCAGUACACUACACCAAUGAAGAGUAUCGAAACAUCACUGGAAGUGAAAAUGUAGAUAUCCAAAUGAAAGUUCAGACACCUGAGGUCUACAUCGUUGUAAGGUCAGGAAGCUCAGAUUUUGCACAGCUUGCUUACAUUGACACACGACUUCAGUGCCUGCAGGACAUGAGUUUUAAACUGAAAACAAAUUCAGCAAAUGAUCUUACUGAUGCAAUGCGGUUAUUACACGACGAUAGCCCAGCUCGUCAUCUUGAAUCUGGUCAACAAAAAGGAGGUAACUUUUAUUGCUCUGGAUGUGGUGCAAAUGCACAGCAGGCAUAUCACCUGGAUAUUGUUUUUUUCCAUUACUUGUCUUUGUUUGACCGACAACAAUUGGUGCUCGCUGGAUAG